UUGCAAGAAAUUUUUAAUAAAAAAUAAAUAAAUACAAUUCUACUGCCUGAAAUCCACUUCCUGUUCUACCCUCCAGUCCAGUUGGUGGCGGUAAUGAGUCCUUAAGCUAGUUCACCACCCGCCAAUAAACUAAAAGGAGGAAGAAGAAGUUUCAGCCGAAGAAGAAGAACGAGCAUGGCAGGAAAUAUCAGCAACACCGCAACCCCAAUCACCAGCUGUCUUUCUAAACUACAGUCUGUAAAUGGAUUGUUUGCAAUCUACAAAAAGAAAGGACCGACCUCUGCAGAUGUGCUGAACACGCUCAAAGAAACUUUACUGAAAGAGGCUGGUGUGAAGAACCCCAACCCGAGGAAGAGGAAGAAGCAGAGCCUGAAGAUGGGGCACGGAGGGACGCUGGACAGCUCUGCCUGCGGGGUGUUAGUUGUUGGUGUUGGGAAUGGCACAAAGAUGCUCAGCACCAUGUUGGCUGGUUCAAAGAAAUAUGUUGCUGUGGGGGAACUGGGAAAAGCAACAGAUACUCUUGAUGCCAGCGGCAGUGUGGUUCUGGAGAAAGACUUUGAACACGUCACCAGGUCAGACUUUGAGGAGAAGUUAAAAGCUUUCACUGGUGACAUCAUGCAAGUUCCUCCACUCUACUCGGCUCUGAAACAAGACGGCCAGCGUCUGUCUGUCAUGCUGAUGAAAGGUCAGAAAGUUGAAGCCAAACCAGCCAGACCAGUGACGGUGUACAACCUCACCCUGCAGGAGUUCAAGCCCCCCCUCUUCACUCUGGAUAUCGAGUGUGGAGGUGGAUUCUACGUUAGGAGCUUGGUGGACGAUCUGGGAAAAGCUCUGUCAUCGUGCGCUCAUGUGAAGGAACUGACCCGGACCAAGCAGGGUCAGUUCACCCUGGAGGAGCACGCCUUACCCGAGGAGAAGUGGACGCUUGAACAGAUCCUGCAGACUCUGCAGCCCUGCUCAGAGGCUGAGCCGGGUGGGAAGAAAGUUCCAAAAACUGACACCUGAGGAACGCACUGAGCACUGACUCGAUGUGAGAGAGACCAGCCGGGCUGCUUGGGCUGUGAGAGAACAUUUAAGUUGAGUUGUGAAAAGUGCGAUGAGUUGAGACAAAAGUCUAAAGCAAAGCUGGUUGCAGGCUGUAGACCAGUUUUAUUUCUUUUACUGGACGUAUGUUUCCAGGUCUACUGACAUAGGAAUACGUGCCAAGGAAGUUUGCUUCCACACACUCUGCAGCUUCAAAUAUUUGUUAUGCCCUGAGGAGGAUAUCGGUCGCUUGAGUUACCUGAUGUGAUGAUAAUCAGACUCUUUGAUAAAGAGUGAUAAAACCUCAAA